AUGAAUUCAAAAACGCUGGAUAAUUUAAAGCUAAAGACGCUGAUAUCACACGGUGCAUUUGGUGAAAUAUACGUAGCAGAGGAUACAAACACAGGUGAAGAAGUCGCAGUAAAGGUCGAGAAGAAAUCCAUCACCGUAUCCCAAAUAAAACACGAAUUUAACAUAUAUAGACUCAUUAGAGGCCCAGCCACGCCCCGCGUCUUUGAUAUAGGCCGAAUAGAGUACAAAGGAGACAUGGUGAAUUGCUUGUCGAUGGAGCUGCUUGGCCCAUCUCUAGAGAAAAUCUACAACAAACUCAACAGGGAAUUCUCAAUCAAAACCUUAUUUCUAAUAGGCAAAACAUGCUUGCGGCAAAUUGAGUUCCUACAUCACAGACACUACGUCCAUAGGGACAUCAAACCAGACAACUUCGUCGUCAGCACCAGCUUCGGAAAGCUCUUUCUGAUCGACUACGGCCUGGCCAAGGAAUUCAGAAAUCCAGUCACAAUGGUGCAUAGGCCGUACAAAGACGGGAAGAAUCUGACUGGCACUGCCAGAUAUGCUUCACUAAACACGCAUAUUGGGAUAGAACAAAGCAGAAGAGACGAUCUGGAGUCCCUUGGCUUCAUGCUAAUUUAUUUCUCAAAGGGGAGAUUGCCAUGGCAAGGCCUCAAGGGCGAAAACAAAAGAGUUAAAUACGAGAAAAUAAAAGAAGUAAAAAGGGAGACUACGCUGAAGGAGCUGUGUACUGGGUGUCCAUCUGAGCUAUUUCUGUACAUGACGCACGUUAGAAACCUGAAGUACGCAGAAUACCCCGAUUACUUCUACCUGAACAGCCUCUUCAUGAACGGGCUCAAGAAGCGCGACCUCGAGGACGACGACAAGUUCGAUUGGGUCGAUCACAAGGACUUCUGGUGA